UUGGUGGCAGAUCAGGAAGUAAGUGCAGUAUAACAGUGUGACACACACAGGCACAUGCACACACCUACUUGUGAAUAUCACAGGUAGGUGCACCUUAGACGCGGCUCAAGACAGUAAGAGCAGACCAGAUGUGCUGCAGCCACAGUCAAGGGUGGAAGAGGAAACUGAUGUGAAAGAUCCUGGAGGUCAGGCCACCGCGGUAGGGUGGGAGAUUGCAAAGGGGCUGGUGUUGCCAGUGAACAUUUGUCCAGUCUGAGACGAAGCUGACACAUUACACGAGGAGGGCAGAAUAACUUCAGGGAUGCUGAGCUUAAAGUUACCUCGUCUGUUCAGCAUCAAUCAAGUGCCAAAAGUAUUCCAUGAACACAGCAUCAUUUUUGGAUAUCGUCACCCAAGGAGCACAGCGACUGAUUGUUUAUUCAGCCUUUUCCAAUUGACAAAUGAAACUGUGAAUAUCUGGACCCACUUCCUGCCAACCUGGUAUUUCCUCUGGAAUCUUCUGGCUCUGUCCUACACCCUGGACUUUUGGAAUGAAGCCUACACGUGGCCUCUCCUUGUUUACAUGCUGUCGAGUUGCAUCUACCCAUUUACCUCAAGUUGUGCCCAUACAUUUAGCUCGAUGUCCACCCGAGCCAGACACAUUUGCUUCUUUUUUGACUAUGGUGCUCUCAGCCUGUAUAGUCUAGGCUCUGCUACUGUCUACGCAGCCUACAUUAUGCCAGACAGAUGGAUCAAUACCCCCUUCCACAAGUGGUUUGUUACCAUCGCCGUCUUUAACACCAUCAUUUGCACUGCGCUGUCAUGCUACUCCAGGCUAGGCAUGCCUUUCAUCAAUUAUAACCGCAGCAUCGUGGAGAGAUCUCCGGAACUGGAUCAUCCCAACCUGAGUAAAGUGCUGCGGAUUGUGGCCUUUGCUUAUCCAUAUUUCUUUGACAACAUCCCACUGUUUUACAGGUUGUUCCUUUGCUCCGGGGAAGGUUGUACUCACAAUGAAACAGUUCCUAUCCACUACAGACAUGUGGCACUUGCCUUUCUGACUUGCUUCCUGUUUGUGACACACUUACCAGAGCGCCUUGCUCCAGGGAGGUUUGACUACAUCGGUCAUAGCCACCAGCUCUUUCACAUCUGUGCAAUCAUCGGUACUCACUUCCAAAUGGAGGCGAUCAUAAUGGACAUGACAUUGCGCCACUCUUGGCUCUCACUUCAUGCACCAUUGCCCUCUUUCAUGGGCACCAUAGGUGCCCUUGGUUUUGCCCUUGUGUUGAACCUCCUGAUCAUUGCACUAUUCUCCCUGGCUCUGUACUGGACACCAAAGUUGCCUGAACUGAGAUAUGAAUACUUGAAUGAGAAGUUCAAGACGGAUGAGGAUGUCACGCCACGCUCCUUGACCCGGCUGGUGAAGAGGCCGAGAGUCUUGAAGGAGUGAGAACGAUGAGACUAACCCUUCAGCUGUCACUAUGGUGACGUAGGAAGAAAUGAAGUACAUUCCUGUUUAAAUUGGAUAUGUCUCCCAAAUAACGGGCUGUGCCUUUUAAUGGUACGUAGUAAUCUUUAAUAAGCUUGUGUCUGAUGAUGUGGAUAUUUAUAUUAGACAGUGCGGGUGUUUAUUUACUGUGGUUAGAAGAUGGCCCUUGGGGCUAGCGGAAGGUCAGUUCAACUACAGCAGCCCAUGUUUGAUCACUGGUACCCAAUAAGCACUUCCAUCAUGGAAUGCAUCAUUGCACCUUUCCUCUAGGUUAGAUGUAGAUUGUGUUCUCAGAUGACUGGAUUUCAGAGUUUUAGGAAGAUGAAUAGACAAGUUUUGAGUUAACUGGAGAACCCCUGUCAUGGGGCUGAUUAGGGAUUAGUUAUUAACCUUACUUUAAAAAUAUUUCCGAAUUGACCUGUUCAGAGAUUUCAUUACAGAUCUCUGAAGCAAGUGGGACUUGAACCUGGGACAUUUGAUUUAGAGGUAAGGUGUUGAACUAUGUCAUCACCAUUAGAGCUGUAAUCUUAUUGUCCAUCCUUUCAGGGAUAGUCAAUAAAUGCCGGCAUAGACAAGGAUACCAACAUCCUGUGAAUGAUUUUGAAAAGAAAAGCUGCAGUGACCUCAAUCUGGUGCCAGUUGUGACUCUAGAUCAGGCACGGCAACCAAUCACAUGACUAAACAUUUCUGCUGGGUUUCCCAGUGUUUCUCUGUAACUCCAUUGAGGAGAGGGUCAUUUCUCACAUCUCCAACACUAUCUUCAAAGUUUCCACUGAUAAGAGGCCAAGGGGAAUGGGCUUACCCACCAACUGGGUGGGGGAGGGGGGCUACUGAGGGUGGAGGGCUAUUGGGACGCCCUCCUGCCCUUUGCAAGAUUGGCAGUCCCAUUGGCCAAGGUGGGAGUUGAGCGUCAGAGAAGGGAAAAGAUGUGGAUCUUUUUUAAAUAUAAAUACAUAUCAGAACAGACCAAUGCUGCAGGCUGUGAGCAUAGCAUAGAGGGGCAAUUACACCACCUCUCCCACCCUGCCCCUCAAACCUGUAAGGAAGCUGCCAGACAUUGCAGCUGCAGUCCAGUGGUGCAGAUGGUGGGGGGGGGAUAGAAGUGGAGUUUCUCGUGGGAUCACACAGCAGCCUACCCACCAUCUACCACCAUACCACUCCUUGAUUCCACCACCUCAGCCUGAACAAACUUUGGGCUGAUCUGGGCUGGCUACACACAUUAACUGGAAAUCCCAGGUAGUGCGGAGAAGUGACUCCAUUCUGUUAUCCCUAGCGGGCUAUCAGCAGCUUGCAGGUGGGUGACCACUCUGGCCCUCGACCAGUCUCUGAACAUGGCUCAAGGUCAGGAUCGUGGUGCCAUUGCUGACACAAUCCUAGAAGGAGGAAUCAGUAAAACAUGUGAGUAGCCUGACUCAUCCUGAAUAUGUCAUAUAUCGGAGCGUUUCCAAGCAUUUUACUGGUUUCUCCUUCUGGGAAUAACCUGUGACAUGUAAACCAUGAGCCCAGGUGACCCUCUGUGGCCUCUGUAUUUACUCAAUGGCCAUGUUUAGAGGUCUAAUUGUGAGGGUACGGGUGGUCUGUGUUGCCAGUCUAAACCAGACCAUGGGAAAUUAAAGCAUUGUUGAGGUGGGAGUGUUGGAAGCUUUACAAGAACACCUUACUUUUACAUAGCACUAUAACAAAAACCAUCGAAAAGUGCUUCACACGAAUGUAAACAAACAAGCCUUUGUAUCUAGUCACAAAAGGAGAUAUUAGAACCGAUCCAAAUGCUUGGUCAAAGUUCAAGCUACAUAGCUUCAGGUGAGAGAGAGAGAGAGAGAGUUUGAUAUGUUUGGAGAGGAAUUUCAGAGCUUAAGUCAAAGGGACCUGGGUGAAAGCAGCCAAAGUAAAUUGGGCCAUUGAUGUUUAUCAUUAGAGGCAGGAAUUGGAAGAACACAAUUUGUGGAGGGGUUAUAGAAUUCAGGAGGCUACCAGGAUGGAGAGAAGUGAGGAAGAGAGACCAUGGAAAGGGUGUCUGAAGGCAAGGGUAAGAACUUUUAAAGAGAAUUUUAAAACUUGACACUGCAUCUAAGCCUGUAGAUCAAUAUCUAAAUGUGGUCUCUAGAAAAUUGGUUCACAUACUUGCUGCCCUUUCUUGAAAUGCCUGGAAAGAGAUCUUUCAUUUUAACAUUCCCAAAAGGUUUCUUGUGUGGCUUCUAACUUUCUUGAAAACAGUGGGAGGAAACCUCUCAUCGCUAUGAGCUGGCUGCAUGACAAAGACUUCCUAAACUUACCUCUUUGAGAGAAAUUAACAAGAAGUGAUUCUAAAACGAAAGAAAAUUUCUGUUUUUUUCUCAGAAGAAUGAACAGAAGACUGCUCCCCUCCCAUCUUCCAAAAACAUUUCCAGUCUUCUUUUUCUAAGAAUCCUUCAAUAUGGUUACAUUUCAACCUCAGAACGAAAUCCAUUGACUAACAAAUUAGUGUCAUUUGCUUGAAUGUUGCAGACCAGGAUUGAAGUUUCAGAAAUGUUGCCCAUCACAUGUUCCUUCUGUGGGCCUUGGAGGGGGAUGAAGAGGAGAUUUAUUGGAAUAAUACCAGGGAUUAAGUUCUCCUGUUUUCAGAGGAGCUGUGAUGGUUUUCAUUAGAGAAGAGAAGGCUAAGGGAUUACGAAAGCUCAAAAAUGAUGUCUUUUUUUUCAGUUCAUUGAUUGUGAAGGUGCAAACUUGGUCGAAAAACUGAAGCAUCGUUAGGAAAAGGUAAAAUAUCAUAAAUAGCCAAGCCUUCCAACGUAGUCCUGUUGGAAGGAAUUGGUCAGAUAAGAUUUGCAUUUUUUGCAACUUCUACUUAAACUCAGGAAGCCCUCAGGGCACUUUCCAGCCAAUGGAGUUCUUAGUGCAAUGUAGGAAAUAGUCAUUUAACAAUCUUACCCAAAACAAGAACAAAGCAAAUAAUUGGACUUGUAAUUAUAUGAGGGUGACAAUUAUUUUAGCAGAAAAUCUAAUCCAUCCAUUUUGAGUGGUUUGUUUCAAUGGACAGGUAUUUGACAUAAACAUGUUUAGCCUUGGGAAAGUAAUAUCACGCUGUACAACUUCAUUGAACUGAUGUUCUCUUCAUAAUUGAGAGCAAUUAUAAUUGGACCAAGUGGUAAACUGGACCCUCAUCACUUCAAACCCAAUUAAUGGUCCAGUCCAAGUGGGAAAUAGAGCUUGAAGUUAAAUAUAUUAUUAGAAAUAAAGGUUAGCGAUUUCAUAGUUUGACCUAACAUUUACAGUGUUUAUGCUUCUUAUGAGCCUCCUCCCAUGCUGUUCUUUAACCAGUUCCAUUACUGUAUCCUUCUAUGCCUUUCUCCCCUCAUGUUUUUCCCUUAAAUGCUGUGGUAUCAUUUGCUUCAACUAUGCUGUGUGGUGUUUGCUGUGCUGUGGACAUUAGCAUCCGAAGUUUUAAAAUGUUUAUGCCAAAUUGCUUUGUUAUUUCAAAGUGAGAGGGUUGUUAUGAGAAGGAUGCCAAUUUUAUUUUCACAGCCCAUUGAUUUGUCAUAUGUUUUGUAUAAGUUAAGUUGGCACAGAAUCUGUGCCAGCCUCGUGUGCAUGUGGAAUAAGCUCCACAUAGCUCUCUUUCUCAAAGCACUGAAGUGAAGUUUGCAUUUUCAAUUCCUUAAUGUUAAGUCCAAUUGCGAAAAGUCAAGGCACCCAUCAUUCUUCAAUGACUGACUUCCUUGUUAAUAUAGUUGCAGGAAAUAGCAAUCCUUAUGUAAUUUUUAAAGGAAUUCCUGGAUAUCUUUACAUGUGUGCUGAUAUAUACAUAAACUACUAUGCAUCAUUUUGAAAAUAUUGAUCAUUAAGUUAAUGAUGCAGGGUUAAUAGAAAUGGACUAUUUACAAUGGAUGAGGGGUUCGGAAUGAGGGGAGACAGAUAUAUGAUUUAGUCUUGAGAGAUCAGGAGAAAUUUUUAUCUUACAUAGAGAUGCACAGUACACUACUGACUGAAAUAAACUCUGUGUCAACCAUUAUGGCUGGAUCCCACAGAAGGUUGAGGGCAAUGGAAUUAAUGACUAGUGGAACCAAAUGAGUUAAUGGGAUUAGGGCCACUACUUUUACAAGUGAUAAAGAUGCAGGACAAGCUGCUUAGGCUGAAUAGAUGCACUACAUAACACUCUCUAUAUAAGUCUAUAUAAUAUUGAUCUCAAUGUCUUGUUUAUGGAAUCAAAACCAUGCUUUAUGUCAGGGUGAUAUGUCUUCAGCGUUGUGGUCUCAUUGAUGCUUCAAUUGCCCGAAUAAUGUGAAAGUAGGGGUCAGAGUAUGUUUUUAGUUGAUCAACGUCUCUCUUCCCUCAAUCCUACACUCCUUUUCCCCUCACCCAAUGCCCUGAGAAGGUAAAUUUGAUCAGAGAACAAAAUAAUUGUUUUUUAUAGAGAGUAAGGUGAUCAGUGAAGAUCACAGCACGGCUUACCAGCAAAGACUUUUUUUUAAAGUAGAAAUGAUGAGAUAGAUCAAGGCACUGAAAACAGAAAUUGCUGGAGAAACUCAGCAGGUCUGGCAGCAUAAGUGGAGAGAGAAACAGAGUUAACAUUAACUCUGCUUCUCUCUCGACCAAAGCAAUCAGACUUGCUGACUUUCUCGAGCAAUUCAUGUUUUUAUGUGUUUCAAAUCCGCAGGUCCUUGUUUUAUUUUAGAUAAAGGUGUAUUGAUUCAGGAAAACAGGAUUUUGUAAGGUCAUACAUUUUUUAUGGAAUUAGAGGAUCCAUAGACUUUAGAUCCUGGAAGAGAAUGAAAUUGGAUUUGGAAACAUUGUAAUGAGUUCAUAAAGUGUUGAGUCAACCACUUGGUUGAUAAGGAGGAUAGAGAUUAUUUGAAAAUCAUCAUUAGUAUAUUUGUUUAGAAACCUUCAACACAUUUUUCUCUGAAUUUUUCAACAAUGUCUGACUUUCGAUGACCUGUGAGGCAAAAAGCUAAAACUGGACAUGAGAUAUGUAGCGCCCCUGUGCAAUUUAUCUCUGGCAUAAAACCCUCAUUUGGGAGAGAGUGUAUAAUGACUAUUGCUAAGAAUAUAAUGCAAGGAACUACAGCUCAAAGCCAGAUCUGUUCAUGUUACUGUGAUGUUAUAAUGGAACUAUGUUAAUUGGGUUUUCAAACUGCAUCUGAGAGUGUUGAUGGAGUGAAACUAAAUGCAAUAUUUUCCACAUUUUUAAAUCUGGGAUUCCAACACUGCAAUUGAUUGGCUAUGAUAGGGAACGUCAAGUAAUCUGAAUAGGAACAGAAUUUUACAGAGCAGAUUCCCAGUUUCCUGAAGUAUAACCCAAAGACUGGAACUCAGGAGAAUGUGUGUAUUUAACAUAUUGGCACUUAACUCUAUAAGGAAAUACUGUGUGGGUGUGACUCCCAUAGCCAAUGUAUAGAUGUCUACCCAUGGAGAAAGUGAACCUCACAACUGAUUGCAAUACCUGACUUAGAAAGUCAAGGGCCCAGAUCCAACACUCUGAGCAAAGUCAAGAUACAGUUCUAGCAUUUCAUUUCAUUUCUAAUAAUUUGUUGGUGGUGUUAAGCAGAAUUCCAGGGUCUAGGUUAAGAAUGGUGAACCAAUCUUCACUGAAUAAGGCAAAUAUUUAUCUAUCCCUUCCUGCAUCUCAAGCAUGGACCAAUAUUUAACAGAAUACUCCAUAAGACAAGUGCUUGAAAGGAAAUAUUAGCGCAGAUCUUAGCUAACAGGUGAGAAAAAAGUCUUUAAAACAACCAGAAGCAAUUUUUUUAGGUCAUGCUUUACUUUCACAGAAUGAAGUAUUUGAUUAUACUUGGAACAGUCAAUUAAUUGAAAGACAAUACACGUCUAGUACAAUGAUUGAUUAUAUUGAAAAUUAGAUAAUUUUCCCACAAGGAGCACAAUUUCAGAAUCAGUGGUGUAUGAAACUCCAUGAGAUGAAUGGUGAAAUAUAUAGGUAUGAAUGGUGAUGGUAAUAUAUAUCUGAUUGCCCAUCAGUAAAAAAAUGGAAGUUUUGAAUAUAUCUAUUAUAAAGGUUUUUAGAUGCUAACCUUGAAUUUGAAUUCAAAUUCUAUUGAGAAUAUUGUAAUUAAAGUCGCCUUAAUUAAAGAGCUCGACCUGAAUUGAGGUUGGGCAAUCCAUAUACUGUGGAACAUUUCACCCCUAAUUUAAAUUGGUACCUGACCUCACGAAAACUCUGAUUUCUUCCCAUCAGCUAUCCAAUAGCUGGUGCAAAAAAUGAGAGGAGAAAUGUUACAAUUACUGCAUUAACUCAGGAAGCCUAACGGAAAAAGAACAUCAUUUAUUGCUAAACAACAAAAUAGAGCCGCUACACAUGAUUCACAUUGUCCCAGCCCAGGACAGACAUUGUUAUAGAUCCAUCCCUGUAGAUCCAUCCUCAGAUAUCAAUCUGAGAUAUUUUCUACUCAACCUGUUUAGCAAUGUUGUUACACACAGGGCGGCUUGAUGGCUCAGUGGUUAGCACUGCUGCCUAACCAUGCCAGGAACACUGGUUCAAUUCCAUUUGUGGGCAACUGUCUGAGUAGAGUCUGCAUGGUUUUCCUCUGUGUGCUUCAGUUUCCUCCCACUGUGCAAAUACAUGCAUGUUUGGUGGAUUGGCCAUGGGAAAAGCAGGGUUUGGGUAGUACUUGGGAUGCUCUUUGGAGGGUUGGUGUGGGGAAUUAAAGGACAAAAUAGCCUGCUUCCAUACGGUGUAGGGAUUUUAUGAUUCUGGAGCAGGUGGGACAUUGAACCUGAGUCUCCUGGCACAGAAGGAUGGACAAUACCCCUUUUCAACCUCCGUCUGCUUUCUGAAGGGCUCAUGUGAUUAGUUCCAGUUGCCAUUGCCUGUUACCAAGGAGAACUCUACAAGCUCCAUGGGGAGAUUAUUUAGGGGUUCCCCCGGGCCUUGUAAGGUUUAUUACACUCACACAUGACAGUGUUUGAGAUUUGAGGCAUGUUAAAAUGGGACAGUGAACUCCCUUACACUGUGCUGUAUCUGAAGUGAACACAAUGCAGUAGGAAUUUGUUUUGUGCAGUUUUGGAUUCGCUGUCUGUUAUAUGGCUCUAUCCAAUAACGAUUCCAUUGACUGUGAUGCUUUGCGGGCAGUGUUUAUACCAGGGUUGGUCACAUCUGGAUUUCACUCAUUUUCUGGUCAGGUUUCUAUCCUGGGUGCCUUAAAUAGAAAAUGUUGUAUCCCUGGGACAACUUCAUAGAUUUCCACAGCCAUUCAGCCCAUCCUGUCCGUGCCUGAAAAGUAAAUGCUAUCCAAUUUAAUCCCACUUUCGAACUCAAAGUCUAUUGUCCUUGCAGCUCUUCAAGUGCAUGUCCAGGGCUACUUAAAAUGUGAGACCACCAUUCUCAGGCAGAGAGUUCCAGAACCCAUCACUCUCUGGGUGAAAAAUCAUUCUGCUCAACCUACCUCCAACCCUUCGAAUGAGAACUACAUCUUUGGCCCCUUGGUCCUAGAAUCAUAAAUUAUGUUCACAGUCAAUUCAGUGUGCACAAAGUAAAACAACAAAAAGCACAUUUGGUUGCAAAAUAUUAUGAAAAGAAUACUUUGCAGCUAUUAAUAUGUUGCCUGGUCUAAAGGACCUGGUGCUGUUUUGUCAGAGCAAUUGGAUACAAUUAUAAAGGGGUGUUUUAAAUGUAAUUAUGGUUAAAACAUUAUUGAUUAAUCAUGAGAACUAGAGCUGGUUUACCAGCCGCUAUUAAUGGCUUCUGAAGCAGCUGUUUUUUUUUCAUUAGAAACACAGCAAAUAGAUUAAAAUGCUUUUGAGUGCUUUCUCAGUUCUGUAAUCUCGGGAGAAGUGCCUGUAGAUAUUUCAGUUUGCUUGAUUCUAAAACCUCCUGAGUCAGUCGCUUUUAGUUAAUUAACCAUUACUCUGCUGAACAAACAGAAACGAAAGCCCAAAGCCUUCACCCAACAAUAUUGGAGAGAGUGUUUUAUUGUUUAAAAAGUCAUUGAAGUAGUAACUGGAGUAAUUUUUUUGUGGGGAGGCAGAGUGGGAAGUCAGAAGAUUGGGCAGGAAAUGUUUUAGCAUCUUUUUACACUACUUUGUAAAGUAAAGCUGAAGGUAGAACACACAGAUUGGUCUCAGAGCCUUUUGAGUUUGGCACAAAAUAUGGGAUAUUUUGUGGCCUGGCCCACAGGAAGCCACACCUUUUCCAGCUGCUCUGUAAAAUGGUGAAAUCAAAGCAACGUGCUGACACCAUUCAUGUGUAGCCUGCGAUUUAUUUUGUACUUUAUCCUCUCUCAUUUAAACAGAUGCAGAAUCAAUUUAGCAUACAGCAAAACCCAGCAAUCAUCAAUAACGUGGGGCAGAUCUGUUUUUACUGUAUUGGCUGAGGAUGAAGGUUGAUCAGAUCAUUGGGAGGACUCGCUUACAUGAGAUCUUUAAUGCAGUUCAGAACCAGUUGAUAAGGAAUUGGUUUAAAAUCCCAUCUUUAGGAUGAGUUCUUGGGUACUGCAUUGGUACAUCAAUGCUCCAUUGCUUGGAAAUUACAAUUGCUGACUCAUGAGCACUACCAAAUAGAGUUAUCAUUCAAUGUGAAAACAUAUCUGAUGGUUUUAAAAUAGCCAUAGAGUUCUACUACACAGAAGAAGGCCCUUUAGCCCAUCAAUCUCUGCAGGUAAGAAGCAAUCACCUUACUAUUUUAAUCCCAUUUUCCAGCACUUAGCUCAUGGUUUUGUAUGCCUUGUGUACAUCUAAAUACUUCUUAAAUGUUAAGAGGCUUUUUACCUCCACCACCUUCACAGGCAGCAAGUUUCAGAUUCUUACCUCCCUCUGGGUGAAAAAGGUCUUUUUCACAUAGUCUCUAACCCUCCUGCCCCUUAACCUUAAAUUUAUGCCCCUGGUCACUAACCUUUCCACUAAUAGGAAUAAAUUCCAUUGGCUUGAUUAUCUAUAUACCUAUGCCUCGAAAGAUGUGAUGGUAAGCAUUGGCAGUCAUCUCGCCAGGUUCCAUUGUCUCUGAAAUUGUUCCUGAAGAUUUGGGUUUUUAUGAUAUAUGUCUAUGCCUAUCAGAUCAUGAUGGGAACGUAGCCUGGACCUUACAGACUAAAGUGGGAACAAACACUAUCUCUGUGGCAAACCCUAUUGUUGUGGCAUUAAACACUAUUAACUGAACUGAAAUACCACCAGUUGCCUUGGUGAGAUUUGAACACUUGCCACAGACCAUUAGCCUCAGCAUCUGGAUUUGCUAGAUCCUGACAUUAUAGCCUUUCCCCCUCAACCAGUCAAAGGACCUUUCUCUCCCUUUUCUAAUAAGCAAAAGUGUUCAAAGAAAACAUAAAUAAAAGCCACACAAUAGUUUUGGACCAUCUGUAUUUUUUUCAGGGGUGUUGCUCAUAAUCCAUGAGAUUAACACUUCAUUUCUGAAUGCUGCAAGACAAUCCUAGAAAGUUAUCAACCCAACUGAGAUAAGUUUGCCACUGAUUUGUACAUGCUAGGGAAAGUUCACAUUGAACUAGCAACUGAAAUCGGGUCAGCUAGCUGUGCAAAACACCCUUACAGGUGCCACACUGCAAAUGGAGCACCCUUUGUGUAGCAAUAUCAGAAGUACAGAUCUGUGUAUGUGCUCCAAUCUGAUACAGAACAAAUUAUUAAAUCCAGAAAUUGUUCCUUUGUUUGUUGUAAAACAGGUUCUUGGAGUAAAUCUGAGGUUUUCAAAGUUGUUUUGAAAAGAUCCAGAUUACUAGUGUAAGCACAGCUGUAACAUAGAUUGUUGUAAAAUAUACAAUGUGUGUACUUUUAAUGGUUCACAUAUAGUUUUUUUUGUGCCUUCAAAAUUCAGGUCCAUAAAUAUAAGAGAGUAGCCAAUAAAUCUGUUGAGGAAUUGAGGAGAAAUGUCUUUGCCCAGAGUAGUGGGAAUGUGGAACUCAUUUUCAUGAGGACUGAUUGAGGGGAGUCAUACAUGUCCAUUUAAGGGGAAGCCCGCUAUGCACGUGACAGGAUGAGGGUGAGGAAUGUCUCGAGAAGUUAAUGUGAAUAGCAUAGAUGCAUUGAAGGAAAAGAAAGGUGGCAUUUAUUCAGUGCCUUUUGUAAUCUCAGGAUGUCCUAACAUGCCUUAGAGCCAAUGAAGUACUUUGAAAUGGCAUAUUGUAAUGUAGGAGAGGCAGUCACUAGAUUAUACACAGCAAGUUCUCAGGCAUUUUAUUGAUAGUUAUUGAGGGAUAUAUUUUGACCAGACAGUGGGGAGAAUGCCCUUGAAUUUCAUUUCAGUAGUGUAGUGGGAUCUUAUACAUUUAUCCUCAGGAAAUGCUUGAUCUGUAAGACAGUUCGUUUAACUAUGCAGCACUCCCUCAGUACUAUGGUAAAGCAUUCAUGUUUAGUAUCUUGAACCCAUGGUCAGAUUCAGAAGUAAAAGCACUAUCCAUGAGUGCAUGAAGAUUUAAGAUAUUUUAAUUUAAUAACGAUGUGCAAAGUAAUUAGUUUGGGCUACAGGCAAUGGAAAUUGGAGGCAGUACACCAGCAAAUAUUAAAAAGCUGCCUGAGGAUCCAAAGGGGAUUCUGGGCUGUGAAAAUGGACAGUCUAUAUUUAAAGCCAUAACCUUUAUCUGAAGUAAUUUUUUUUUCAAUCUACGUUUGCAAAAUGUUGAUGUUCAAAAUCUUUUUAAAAUGUUUAUAUUUUCAUUUGGGGGUUUGUAAUUAAAACUAAAUCAAUGUGAUCAGAAAAUGUAUGCACAAAGGCACACCCACCCAAUGUUGCAGGUCAUUUCAACACCUCUGUGGCCUUUGGUUUUGAGAAAUUGUGCCUUAAAGGUGUGGAGCAAGGAGAAUGUGACGUGAAAUAUGAUAACUACCUCCAACACAGUUACAGUGAAGGACAGAACCAUGAAACCAGAGGGUCCAUGCCAAUUUGGCAAUCUCACUUGGGUUAAAAGACACAGUGAUGUCAUGAAUGGAAACCAAUUACAUUGAUGAAGGUUGCUGUGACCUUCUAAUAUUGGAAACAGUUGGGCAGAAGAGCUUCGUUUCAUAUCUUUCCCUGGGUGAUGCUUGACUUGGGAUUGAUGCAUGCUGGUAAUAUGGCUUUAACAUGAACAGGCUUCCACUCUGCAACACUAACAGCCCAGAUCUCAAUUAGCGCUAAGUGAAAUAAAUUAAGUAAAUUUGAAAAGAAGAAUUGCUGUGGACUGUCACACACUGUGACACAAUACCCUGGUUCAUGGAGAUUGUAGUGAGAUGAAACCCAUACUGUUGGAGUGAAACAGUUUUGCCUUGCACUACGAAUUUGGAGUAUGGAUCUAGGAUUAUAGUGGAAUGAUUUGUAAUCAUUUUAUCUUGGGUCAUUUAAAAGUCAGAUCGAGCUUCACACCACAAAUGUACUGUAGGUGCAAAGCUGUCUUGUGAUUAAGUACAGUCUUAGGCUUUUAAAUAGUUUAGAAAAAUGGAAUUAAGUAACUUCUGUGUUUCAAGUAUCUUGAUUAGUCAGAAAUUUCUAUAAAGCAAUUCAGCCCAGCUUUAAAGCUAUUUUGUAUUUUUGGUAUUGUCUGAAAUAUGUAAUUUAGGAUUUAUGUGGAAUGUAUUUUGUGUUCUUAGAGUUGAUUCUGUUUUUACUUAAAGCUGCAAUCAAGAUAACUGCACUAAAAUUGAACUCUCGUGGUUCCCUCGGCUAUCAAAUGCCGUUAAAUGUUGAGAAUUCUACAUGUGCGACUGUAACAGGUUUAAGAUUUUCUAUUUUUGUUAUAUUGUUGACAACUAACACCAAAUGUAUAAUGUUUGUGGGAAAGGAGAAUAAACUUAUUUAAAUUUAAU